AUUUAUUUUCAGUUUUAACAAUGAGGUGAUUUAAAGUCACAUGGAUCAAGUUAAUCAGAAUGUCUCUGAAGUUUUACAUUGUAUUAGUUUGUACUUAUCCAGUGAAUACUGCCAUUGAGACUUGGAUUCAUGAACUGGCUUCUUUUAUUUAGGGGAUUGGAAAGUACAACUAUUCAGAAAAUGAGUGUUAUGAAGGAGAAUGGAGCAGGGACCAGAGAAGUGGAUGGGGUAGAAUGUACUUCCGAGAUGGCAGCAUUUAUGAAGGAGAAUGGCUGAAGGAUAAACAAGAUGGUCAAGGAAUGCAUCUAUUAAAAAAUGAAAACUACUACGAAGGUUAUUGGAAAGGAGGAAAAAAGCAUGGCCCUGGCAAGUUUUUCUACUUUGACAAAGGCCAGGUGUAUGAAGGAAUAUGGGUGGAGGACAUCCCCAAGUGUGGAACCAUCAGAGACUUUCAGCGACAUGUGGCCACUGAUCCACCCCAGUACCCAGUACCACAGGUGUAUCUGGCAGAUACGUGUGCUGUUUUAAAGGAGGCACAAUCAACAUUUUUCCCAGGCUCAAGCUAAAUGCAGCUGGAGGACACCCUUAAUCUUUGUUCCCUGUUUUGAGCCUAGACGGCUGUUGUUAGGCCUGUCACAUGCCUCUCUUUCUUUUUCCCGUCUCUCACAGUUCUUCUUCAAGCCAGACAUUGGGUAUGUUCUGCAUUUUUCUUGUUUUUGAGUUUCAAGAAAAUCUCUUUCUUUUUAGGAGUAUGUCUCCCUAGGGGCAUAUUUCAUUUUCUUAGUCUGUCUUCUGUGGAUUAUUUAAUAAAGUGGGAUAUCUCCUGGCUCAUU